AUGUUUGGCCCUAAUAUACAACUGUAUGCUGCCAAACACCCUGUGCAGCCCGAGGAGAGAGCUAAAGGGAAAAAAUUGCAUUUUCUAUUAAGGAAGGGAGGCGGUGCAAUUAUUUGUCCUGGAAUGACUAUAGGUGAUGAG